AUGUACUGGGUUGAUGAUGCUUGUUAUGCGCUGCUUCAAAUGGUGAUGGUGUGGACGCCUGACUGCCUCGUGAUUGCCGGCUUGGUCGGCGCUGGGGUGGAUCCCUCCUCGUCUUCCUCCGCAGCAGGUUUGGGCUCGGUUGACCCGCAGCUGCAGCAUUUCAUCGAGGUAGAGACUCAGAAGCAGCGCUUCCAGCAGCUGGUGCACCAGAUGACGGAACUUCGUUGGGGAAAGUGCGUGGACAAGCCUGGGCCAAAGUUGGACAGUCGGGCUGAGGGCUGUUUUGUGAACUGCAUUGAGCGCUUCAUUGAUACAAGCCAAUUCAUCUUGAAUCGACUGGAACAGACCCAGAAAUCCAAGCCAGUCUUCUCAGGAAGCCUUUCUGACUGA